AUGCUGAUAAUAUUUUUUCUUAUCUCCCUCGUCCAAGCUGACUUUACACCACAUUUUCGAGCUUAUUUACACAAUAAUUACGGCAUUGGAAUUGCUCAAAUGCUUGAACGUUCUGAUCUUGGACUAGAUGCAAGUUUUGGGGGAAAGUUAAACGGCAGUGAAGAACUUACUAAUCAAGCAGUUAUACUGGUGCAUGGGAUCACCAAUAAAAUAAGCAGGUUUGAAGAUACUGUUAACCACUUCCUCUCAAAAGGCUACAAACGAUCGGAAAUCUAUGGUACUACUUGGGGUGACGCAGGUGCUACCCCUGCUGGAUUGGUGGACAUGAAAUGCUCUUACGUUAAACAAAUAAGGAGCAUGAUAAUUGCUGUUCGUCAGUAUACCGGCACCCGUGUUGAUGUCAUUGCUUAUUCAAUGGGAUCCCCAAUCGCUCGUAAAGCCAUCCUUGGCGGAAACUGUGUGGAUACAAGAGAAAUUUUAGGGCCUCCAUUAACGGAGCUGAUUGACACCUAUCUGAGCGUUGCCGGGGCAAAUCAAGGCAGUUCACUCUGUUUUAUGCCAAUUCCAGUUGGCACCUGCAAUAAACGAACUGGUCUACAUUGUCAAUCUACAUUUCUAAAAGACAUCAACGAUCAAACGAGAUACGAAGGGGCCUUUAUUUUCAGUAUAUUCUCCACAAAUGACGAGAAAAUAGGUCUUCGCGCUUGUCAUAAACUCCUGAGUCCUAUAGUUGGAGGAAACGGUUUUGUUAAAAAAGAAGGAUUUUCGCACGAUCAAGUUAUCGAUUCAACGAAGGAAAUGCAAAGAAACUUUGUUCAGAAGCAUAAACCCAUAUAA